AUGCAGUUCAUAGUACUGGUCGAAACUAGACAACAUAUUAAUAACGAUCAUGAUGAUAUACUUAUUAAUAUGUUAAAUUUGGAAAAAUAUUAUUUACCAUUAGUCUCUUCAAAAAUACAAUCAACGAAAAGAUCAUUGUCUGUGACAAAUUACAGUAAAUCAAAUAUUCGAAAAAUAAUUGCGAAUUCAAUACAUGGGAUCUGUGAACAAGAUUCAAUAUCAAAUGAUGUAUUUCCAUUAACAAUGAAUUUAUUUGAUCGCUAUUGUUCGUCUUUAACUCAAAAUGAAUCAAGUUUAAUUAAAUCUGUUGAAUUAAUUGCUAUUUCAUGUUAUCAAAUAGCAAAAAAACUUCGAUAUACUCCGAUUAAUUUCAAAGAAAAUCAUAAAAUUAGUUUAAUAUUAAAUGAUUAUACGGAUGAUGAAAUAUUCGAUGCUGAACAAACAAUAUGUGUUAAACUUGGUUGGGAUUUGACAUCAAUUAUUCCGUAUGACUACGUCAAUUUAAUAUUAGAAAAAUUACCAUUUACUGAGAUGCAACAACUUAAACUAAAGCAACAUGUAGAGAUUUUGCUAUGUUUAUGUACAUGUGAAUAUGAAUGUUCAACGAUAUUACCAAGUUUAAUUGCUUGUGGUUGUAUCAAAUCGGCUAGCAAAGGUUUAUAUUCAAACACAGAUUUAAUUCAUGACGAUUAUUUACUUCCAAAAAUGAAUAAAUCAAUAAAAAAUGAUAUCGAUAAUAGUCAAAUGAUUGUUGAAAAAAUAGUACAAAUUCGUCUACAAGAGUUACAUAUUCCUCCAACGCCAACUGUCAAAUCUGUCAUAUUAUCGCCAUCAUCCCGACGUUGUUUAGUAUCAAUUGAAAAUAAUCAAAACAGUCCAAAAACAUCAAAACGUAGAUCAUUUUGUAUUGUCAGAUAA